AUGGCGACACUCAGACUCGCCGGACCCUCUGUGGGGUUUCUCUCUUCCACCGUCUUCACGCGAUCACCGGGCAUAUACGCAAACACCAACGCCCCAAUACUAUCUUCCCUUGCCUCAAAAUACCAUGCGUCCCGAUACACAAUUGCGGCUGUGCUGCCAUCCCUCCUGUCAGAUAUCUGGGAGUCGGUCCUCCGCGCUGUGCCCAAGAAGAAAACCUCACACAUGAAGAAACGACACAGACAAAUGGCAGGAAAGGCCCUAAAAGACAACAUUAGUCUCAACACAUGUCCUGCCUGUGGCAAGACCAAGAGAGCACAUCUGCUCUGUCCUCAUUGCGUUGCCCGCCUGCAUACAAUAGAGAAUGCGCACGUUUCUGAGAUUUUCUCUCUCGCUGUGACCCCUACCCAGAUAUUAUCAGCUUCUGGUGCUUCCUCGCUCAAGGUACAUAUAACCAAUGAGGAAGGAUUUGGCAUAGCUCAGUCAAUUCCAGGAGCCCAUAAGAUUGGCUGUCACCACCUGGCAAUUGCAGAUGGGAACAGAUGUUUUGCGGCCAGUGUUGGCUUCGGAGGAGAAGUAAAGCUAUGGCAUUACAAGGAUGGGAUGUGGAACGAGGAGUACAAAGCUGAUUUCGUGGAAGAUAACAGGGAAAUAAAGGACAUAUGGGCUGUCGUUUUGUCCGCAGAUGCACGUUAUCUCGCUGGCACUACCCACGAUGGCUGUAUUAAGGUCUGGGAUCUUCAGAAUAAUCUAGAAGAAGCAUGGAAUCUCGAGACAAGAGGCAGCUUCGGCAUGUGCAUUGAUAUGGCGCCAGAUGGACGCUUAAUUGCAUCAGGCCAUCAAAGCGGGAGCGUUUAUGUCUUUGAUCUCGUAGAGGGGCGGAUGCCGUUCUCUCUCUCAGGACUUGCUGCGCCUGUUAGGGCGGUAUCAUUCUCCCCUGGAGGGAAACUACUUGCUGCUGCUGGAGAUUCUACAAUGAUCAUACUUUAUGAAAUAACCUCUGGAGAACAGUUUGCAACUCUUGCCGGCCAUGCAGCAUGGAUCAUGUCUCUCGACUGGAAUGAAUCUGGUGAAUUUCUCUUAAGCGGGUAA